CGGUCGUCGCCGAUCGCAGCGCGCGUGCCCCCCGCCCCGCGCGCGGAGAGUCGGUGCAUGUGUUUGUGUGAGCGUGUGCGAUUCUGUGUGUGUGUGACAGCACGUGUAGUGUGGUGCGCGCGCAUUCGUUUGGUGGUUGUGUUGUUAGUGUGUGCCCGCCAGUGAGGAGUGCAGUGACAACAAGUGGUCAGUGACGUGCCGGUGACGUUCUAGUGACGGGCUGUGUAUAGUGGUAGUGACAUGGCGCACACCUGACAAGAUCCUUCGUCGUGGUGGCCGCAGAGGUACUUCGCCUCGCCUGUAUCUCCGUUCGGAAUACCAUUACCCGCACCGGCAGCCUUCCCUUGUCAAGAUGAACCAGCAGUGCAAGGUGUGCGGAGAGCCGGCUGCUGGUUUUCACUUCGGCGCCUUUACCUGCGAGGGGUGCAAGUCGUUCUUCGGCCGCUCGUACAACAACCUGGGCUCCAUCACCGAGUGCAAGAACCAGGGCGCGUGCGUCAUCAACAAGAAGAACCGCACGUCGUGCAAGGCGUGCCGCCUGCGCAAGUGCCUGCUGGUGGGCAUGUCCAAGAGCGGGUCGCGCUACGGCCGCCGCUCCAACUGGUUCAAGAUCCACUGCCUGCUGCAGGAGCAGCAACAGCAGCAGCAGCAACAACAGCAGCAGCAGUCGGGGCAGCAGGCAUCGCCCGGGUCCGACCACAAGAGCCCGCCCCCGCAGCUAGGUCUGCUGGGCCCGCACGCGCUGCAGCAGGUGCUGUCGCGCGCCUCCACCAAGGAGGACCUGCUCAUGCUGGGCGGCAUGGGCCUGGACGACUACAAGCACGCCGCGUCCUCGCCCAGCGGCUCCUCGCCCGAGUCGCACAACUCUGACACGUCCGUGGAGGUGGGCGACGCCCGCCUCGGCCUCCACCGCGGGCCUCUGCACGGCCACGGCCACGGCCUGGGACUGGGCUCGCUGGUGGCGCCCUUCCCGUCGCGGCCCGGCGGCCCCCACGGCCCCCACGGGCCGCCGCCGCCCGCGCCGCACCCCAGCCACCCGCAGCACGCGGCGCACGCGGCGCAGGCCAAGGAGCUGCUGCUGCACCAGUCGCUGCAGUCGCUGCCCUUCAUGCUGCCGCACCCCGCCUUCCUGCAGCCGCCCUGCUCCUUCAUGUUCCCGCCGGGCUGCCUGCCGCGCGCCUUCAACAACAACAAUAAUAACAACAACAAUAACAACAGCCCCGCCUUCAACAACAAUAACAACGAGACCCUCGAGUACAGCAAGCGCUUCUACCUGGACUCCAUCCUCCAGCAGCACCGCCCGCCCUUCCGCGACCACUCGGACCACGACGACGAGGAGGACUCGGCCCGCCACCGGCGGCCCAAGGUGGCCGCCCCCGCCCCCGUCGACGACCACCCCAUGGACCUGUCCGUCCGGAGCGGCGGCGACGCCCCGCCCGGCGACCGCGACGCGGACGCGUGCUCGACGGUGAGCGGUGCCGACGACGUCGACGAGCUCCACCACGGGCGACGGCGGCCUCCCAGCGACGCGGGGGGGCUGGCUGACGACGACCGCAGCCUCAGCGGCCACAGCGAGGCGGCCGACCGGGAUGACGAGGACGAGGAAGUGGAUGUCGAGGUGACGCGCGCGCCCGAGAGGACAUUCCGAGUCAUUCCCCUGGACCUGUCAGCCAGGUCCUAGCGCACACCGCGCGCCAAGAGGACUGUGAGAGGACUUUUUGUCACGUUUUCCCUCCAUUGAGGCGGUUCGGAGCAAGGGCUGGAGAUAGACGAGGGACGAUCGAAAGGUAAAAGUGGUGUUGAAGGAGACGUCUUCCCACCAAGCGACUGUUCUGUGAUGUGCUGUGCAAUGUGCUCUCUCCUAUACUGUAGAUAACUCGAAUAGGUCGAUCUUUGACAAACUUUUGUUCAGUUUCGUUUACCGAAACUCCAGCCCUAGUUUCUUUAGUUUCGUGACGGAUUCUGUGAUGUGCGAAUCAUAUUCUAGUGUAAGUCGUCGGUGACCUAGAGAUACGUUUAUACGAUUACCGCAAAAAUUUAAAGUGAAAAUGUUUAUUUUUUGAAAUUGUUGACCCACCGCUACUACUACCCAGGUGUGAACUUUCUUAGCAAUUAAUACUUUUCCGUCAUUGGUGAUAGGAACAGGAGUCGGGCGUUGAUUCUUGUGUGCGCCAAAGAUAAUAAAAGGUAUUGCUAUUAAGGUUUGCUGAAACUUAAAAUUGGUAUCAGAGUAAAGUGUAGAAAUCUCGUUUGCUCUGCACACAAAUAUUGUACAUAAGGGCGCGAAAUACCAAAGAUACCUAGAAUCUUCAGUGAGUACUAUUCAGGCUACUAGUACUCAUCAUUAUAAAACAUCAUUUAUAAUUUGAGUUUGUAUAAUAAUUUAUUGAUAUUAUAGGGUCAGUAAUGGUAUUAAAGUCUUGAACCAGAUGAAACUGGUAGUGAGAUUUGUAAUUGCUUAAGAUUUUCUCCUUUCCCUGAAUUUUCUGCUAAGAUGGUCUUAGUCUGGGUUGCAAAGCUAUUGUGAUAGUAUUUUAAAUGAAGAUGAGAUUGUCUGUCAAGUCUUGAAUCUAUUUUGUGCAAUUAAAGAGACAACAGAGGUUCUGUCCUUGUGUUGGCCUAGUUAUUCCUUUGUCUUUGUGCAAGAACUUGUGUUCAGUUACCAACGUUAAAAGCAUUGGUGUAUUUAUUUAUGUUUCUGUGUAUACUGUUUUUGGAUCAUUUGAUACUUCUUAUUUUGGGAUAGUGAUUUUUUUAUGUAAUGUUUACAGUCACAAUAAAGUGUUACCAAAGUACACUCUA